ACGUGAUGCUGAGGCUACAGUUACAGACACGGCCCCUGCUGGCGCAGCCUCUCUGAUUCUCUCUCCCUUUCCGCGUCCAGCGCUGGGCUUUUUCAGACAAGUGCAUCUCCUAACCAGGUCACAUUUCAGCCGCGACCCACUAUCCGUCGGUCACCGGAGUCACACCGCAGGAGGAGGGCGGAGGAAGACGACGGCGUUUGCUUCGCCAACCGCGGGGUGGGAAGAAGGACAUUAAAAUACUGCAGAAGUCAAGACUCCCCCCCACCCCAGGUCGGACCCGGACCACGAUGCGCGCCCCGGGCUGCGGGCGGCUGGUGCUGCCUCUGCUGCUCCUCGCCGCGGCCGCCCUGGCCGAAGGAGACGCCAAAGGGCUCAAGGAGGGCGAGACCCCCGGCAAUUUCAUGGAGGACGAGCAAUGGCUGUCGUCCAUCUCGCAGUACAGCGGCAAGAUCAAGCACUGGAACCGCUUCCGAGACGAGGUGGAGGAUGACUACAUCAAGAGCUGGGAAGACAAUCAGCAAGGAGAUGAAGCCCUGGACACCACCAAGGACCCCUGCCAGAAGGUAAAGUGCAGCCGUCACAAGGUGUGCAUCGCCCAGGGCUACCAGCGGGCCGUGUGCAUCAGUCGCAAGAAGCUAGAGCACAGGAUCAAGCAGCCCGCCCUGAAGCUCCCUGGAAACAAAGACACCGUCUGCAAGCCCUGUCACAUGGCUCCGCUCGCCUCGGUCUGUGGCUCUGAUGGCCACACUUACAGCUCAGUGUGCAAGCUGGAGCAGCAGGCAUGCCUGAGCAGCAAGCAGCUGACCGUGAGAUGUGAGGGCCCCUGCCCCUGCCCCACAGAGCAGGCCUCCCCCUCUGCCACCGAUGGCAAGCCAGAGACCUGCACAGGUCAAGACCUGGCUGACCUGGGGGACCGGCUGCGGGACUGGUUCCAGCUCCUUCAUGAGAACGCCAAGCAAAAUGGCUCAGCCGGCAGUGGGGCCAACCUGGCCAGUGGGCUGGACAAGAGCCUGGGGGCCAGCUGCAAGGACUCCAUUGGCUGGAUGUUCUCCAAGCUGGACACCAGUGCUGACCUCUUCCUGGACCAGAUGGAGCUGGCCGCCAUCAACCUGGACAAGUAUGAGGUCUGCAUCCGCCCCUUCUUCAAUUCCUGCGACACCUACAAGGACGGCCGUGUCUCCACUGCUGAGUGGUGCUUCUGCUUCUGGAGGGAGAAGCCUCCCUGCCUGGCGGAGCUGGAGCGCAUCCAGAUCCAGGAGGCUUCCAAGAAGAAGCCAGGAAUCUUCAUCCCGAGCUGUGACGAGGACGGCUACUACCGGAAGAUGCAGUGUGACCAGAGCAGUGGUGACUGCUGGUGUGUGGACCAGCUGGGCCUGGAGCUGACGGGCACCCGCAUACAUGGCAGCCCCGAUUGCGACGACAUCGUGGGCUUCUCAGGGGACUUUGGGAGUGGUGUCGGCUGGGAGGACGAGGAGGAGAAGGAGACAGAGGAAGCAGGCGAGGAGGCUGAGGAGGAGGAGGGCGAGGCAGGCGAAGGGGACGACGGAGGCUACAUCUGGUAGAUGGCCCUCGGGGAGCCGUGGCAGGCCAGGGUGCCGAUGGCCAGGGGAGACGGGCCAGCAGAGACCUGGACAGAAGCAGGCAGCUUACGCACGGAUCCGGAAAAUACAGUUGGAAGGACCCUGGCUCCAGCGGGGAGGACUGGAUGUGUGAGUGUGCAUGGCACGCGUGCAGCCUGUAUGGCCAGGACGUGUGAAUGUGUGUGAGUGUGGCAUGCGCUGACAAAUGUGUCCUUGGUCCACACUGCUCCAAAGACCUCCUUGUUGUUUGCUUUCCAUUUAUUGUUGGUUUUAGAGUACACACAUCCACACACAUACACCCACCACAAGGUCAAAACUGAUGAAAUGAGAUGCCCCCUGCCACAUCCCCAAGCCCCCUCCAGGCCUGUCCCGACGCCCUUGGGUUGCCCUGACUGGGGUUUCUUGUCUCGAUUGCUAUCCUUGGCUCAACCAGCCCUGCUUCCUCCUGCCCUUGCCUGCCCUCUCCCACCCCCCUUUAGGUGUCCCCAUUGCACAGGGGAGCAAACAGGGAGCUGCCUGCUGGCUGGGGUCCUCCUGGAGCCGGGCCAGUGUGGCUGUGACACCCGCACCAGCCUCUGAUGACGUGGGCUGGAACACCCACCACAGUGAGCCCCUUCCCUUUGCUGGACUCGCCAGCGUUAGAGAAACUGGUCUCCUAACCCAGGCCUGCGUGAGCUAGGGUGGCCAGAGCUGAGAGGCCUAGGGAGGGGAAGGCCUGGCCACCAAGCCGCUGGGGUGGAGCAGAGGGAGGAAGAAGGAAGAUCUGCCUUUGCAGAUCUGGCAGGAGCUCUUUGGAGCCAAGGCUGGGUAGCCCUGAGUGCCAGACCCUAGAACAGCCCGGCCCCUUCCUGUGGCUCAGGUGGGGGCCUGGUCUGGGCUGUUCUCCUGGAGGCAGGGGGCGGUGCUUAUGCAGGUGGGCUCUGCCUGGCCUUGUGGGGCUGCUGCACUGCCCUUGUCCCCCUGGUCCGCUCUGGGAGCCUGAGGCUCGGGCAGCUGGUGGAAAGGCUGGGUCUCAGCGGGGUUGGGGGGGGUGCACCCAUCUCCUCUGCCAUGUGGACCAGUGGGAAGCUUAUCCCUGAGACGUGGGGAAGGAGAAGCCGGGAAAGUUCCACUUCCCAUGACCUUUCUCCAUCUCUCCUCCAGCGGGCGGCACCAGGCCCACUUCCGUCCCGUCCUCUCCCAGCGCCAGGGCCUUGCCUCUGACCCUGCUCAGGGUCCCCUGAGGCUGCCGUAGUGGAGGGGCUUCUCCAGGCUCCGAAGUGUUCAGGAGUGGUGAAGUCAGGGGCCAGGACUGGGGCCACACUUCCCUGUUCCCCCAAAUCUCCUUACCAGGUGGGAGCCAGAGUGGAUGAGACUGGGCCCCAUGUUUUGGUUUUUUGUUUUGUUUUCUUCCCCAAUCUGUACUGUUCUCCCUGUUGAAGCAAAUUCCUUAAUACCCUGGGUGAAGAAUUUCUAACCUGGACCUGGGCCUCUGCUGCCCUUCUGUGCAUGGUGAGCACAGUGUGUGUGCGUGUGUGAGUGUGUGUGAGUGGCUGUAUGUGUGUGAAUGUGUGGGAGAGCCUGGGAUGCGAGGAGAGGUGCCUGUGUGCCGGGUGGGCUGCCGCCGUGGGGCCCCGGGGCGAGGCUCCCUGCACAGGGCUCCAGCCCAUCCCUGCCCGGCUUUGGCAGCAUCCGCUGAGUCCGUCGGACCCUAUGGAAGAACCUCACCCCGUCUGCCCCUUUGACUGUACCCCGGAGUCAACAUCUUCCCAGUCCCGUCCUGGGGAAAAUAGCGAAACCGCAGUUAGCCCCGUGAGCCGCUUCUCAUCCCGCAGCACACAGCACAGGUAGGGUGUCGCGCUGCCCCAGACCCCCCACGUCCCGUCUCCCCUGCCCCCAGCCCUCCCUGCCCUCCUACCUCCUCCCUCAGGCCCCGGCUCAGUUCAGGGAACCUCCCUCUGCUCUCUGAGCAGCCGCCCCUCUCUCCGAGCUACUUGAAGCUUCCCGCUCUCGCUAGGAUUGGAGUCUGUCUGUCUCUUACCUCUGCCCCAGCGGAGACUUCUGGAACUGUCGCUGGGAGCGGCUGUUGAGGAGGCUGGGGCGUUCAGGGGUGGGGAGGGGGUGGAGAGGAAGGGGCACCCCUCUCUCACUGUUGCCCUCCCCUCCUGGGGGCACAAGCACCCUCUCUGUGUCUCUGGGUCUUCUGGUUGUGCACGUUUCUUAUGACCUUGUAAAUAUGUUGUAGAAAGAAAGCAAAAGGCGCUGAACUAGACCCUGGUGGGACUCAGGGGUCCAGCCCUGCCCUGUCUCUGAAGGCCCCACACUGCUUUUCACCCCACUCUCUGAGACUGAGCCCCCACCCCAGAGCUAGACGAAGCAGCUUGUUCCUAGGGGGCUGACAGCCUCCAAGUGACUUCUUGUCUGACAAGCUGCCAGGUUUUUUCGUGAGCAAGGUUGCAGGGUGGGUCUUCCUUGGCUCCUCGGAUUCAUGCCCUUGACCAAGCUGCCUGCCACCCACCUCCUCCCAUGUCCCUCUACGUGGAUAUUCUCUCUCCCCUGGUUUAGGCAGGCAGUGGAAUUAGGGCUCUGUUGAAAAGAGCUCAGCCAAAUUUGCAGAGCAGUUUCUUGUCUGGCCCCAGAGCUGCCCUUGGCCGCCCGAGGCCCCCUCACCCACGGGUGUGGGGAGAGAUGGGUAUGUCUAAGAUGGGGGAGUUGGAGUUGGAGAGAACAAAUGUGCCUUGAGAGACCACUCAGAGGGUUCAGGGUGAUGGGGAAGGAGGCACAGCAUUCGAGCUCAGGAAGGAGGAAGAGGAAGGCGAAGUUGAUGAGGGCACCGUGGGGCAUCACGAUGGCCCCCUAUUGUCCCACUGGUGCUGUGACCACAGGUGGUCACACUGCCUUCCCCAUGCCAGCUCACCUGGUGUUAGUGGCCACCCCUGCGCCUUUCAUGAGCUCUGUCUGCUUCCAACUUCACCUCUGAGUGGGUGGGGUCCCUUGGGACCCACAUGGGAACCCUCCAUUUCACCAAAGCCUCACCUCAGCCCUUUGGGGAGGACGAAUGGUUAGUCUGCUGCCACCUGGGGCCAAGAUUGUGAGGCUGUGGGCUGGCGGGGGUCAAAGGGAAGAGACACCGGGGGUACAAAAGGAAACUCGAGACAUCCCGAGGAAGUCCCAAGCAGAGCGAACUGCUUUAUAGCCUGAAGCCUGCGUAAACUGUGUAACGUGCAAUAACUGAGCUUAGAGUUAAGAAUCGUGUUCGAGUGCUUGGAUCUCCGUCUGUAUAUUUCAGUGCUGAAAUCGUAUCUUUCGGUAAUUUUAGAUGUCUUAAAAAAAUCGAGAAACAGUGUUAGACCGUGUAUGUGCAUUGAUGGGCACUCAAGCGUCCCGUGAGUCACCCCACCCUCUCCCUUUCCCCUGUGCCCCCAGCCUCACCCCCAGCCCCCCCUCCACUUGGGGACCCCGCCUCGUGUUGUCUUUAUCUGCCUAUUACUCAGCCUAAGGAAACAAGUACACUCCACACAUGCAUAAAGGAAAUCAAAUGUUAUUUUUAAGAAAACAGAAAAUAAAAACUUUAUAAACAUCA